AUGUGCUCCCUCCCCAUGGCAAGAUACUACAUAAUUAAGGAUGCAGAUCAGAAGGCUCUGUGCGUAAGAGACAACCAGCUCCUGGUGGGAGAUCCUGACUCGGACAACUGCUGUGCAGAGAAGAUCUGCAUACUUCCCAACAGAGGCCUGGAUCGCACCAAAGUUCCUAUCUUCCUGGGGAUCCAGGGAGGCAGUCGCUGCCUGGCAUGUGUGGAGACAGUGGAAGGGCCUUCCCUGAAGCUGGAGGAUGUGAACAUCGAGGACCUGUACAAGGGUGGUGAGCGGGCCACAGGCUUCACCUUCUUCCAGAGAAGCUUGGGCUCUGCCUUCAGGCUUGAGGCUGCUGCCUGGCCUGGCUGGUUUCUCUGUAGCCCAGCGGAGCCCCAGCAGCCAGUGCGACUCGCUAAGGAGAUUGAACCCUCUGCCUGCACUGAGUUCUACUUCGAACAGAGUCGGUAG